GGGCGGCGUACCCCGGGCAGGGCCCGGGCUAAGAGUCCAGGAUGCUGAACGUCCCUUCCCAGUCUUUCCCGGGCCCCAGCUCGCAGCAGCGCGUCUCCUCCGGGGGGCGGAGCAAGAAAAGAAAACUGGUUAAGAAAUGCUGCCUUGGACCCAGUAGGCUUGAUGUGAUGUGACUCUGACUGUGACUUUUCACUUAUUGUUGCAUAUAUUAUGCAGCCAUCCAGUCGUGUGUACUCUUUGACCUGCUUCUCUCCUUAAGCUAAGUGCUUGGCUGGAUAGUAGAGCCUUUUCAAAGAAAGCAUCUCUGGAUUAGAAUAUGAGAGUUGCUGCCCUUCUCCAUUAAAACUACCAGCCAUGUUCUCAGUAUCAUUUAAAGGAGAAAACUUAGAGGCAAAGACAAACGUUUCCUCAGGUGGUGAUGGGAAAGGUCCCUCUGAAACAGGGCAGAAGUCUUAUGGAUUGGAUUCGACUGACCAAAAGUGGAAAGGACCUAACAGGAUUAAAAGGAAGAUUAAUUGAAGUAACUGAAGAAGAACUUAAAAAACACAACAAAAAAGAUGAUUGUUGGAUAUGCAUAAGAGGGUUUGUUUAUAAUGUCAGCCCGUACAUGGAGUAUCACCCUGGUGGAGAAGAGGAACUUAUGAGUGCAGCGGGAUCAGAUGGUACUGACCUUUUUGACCAGGUUCAUCGUUGGGUCAACUAUGAAUCCAUGCUGAAAGAAUGCCUGGUUGGCAGGAUGGCCGUUAAACCUGCUUUUCCUAAAGACUAUCAUGAGGAAAAGAGACUCUUAAACGGCAUGCUUCCCAAGAGCCAAGUGACAGAUCCACUUGCCAAAGAAGGGCCUAGUUCUCCAAGCUACGACUGGUUCCAAACAGACGCUUUAGUCACCAUUGUCAUAUAUACUAAACAGAAGGAUAUCAAUUUAGACUCAGUAAUAGCUGAUCACCGGGAUGAUUCCUUUAGAGCAGAAACAGUUAUCAAGGAUUAUUCAUAUCUUAUACAUAUUGCCCUAAGUCAUGAGAUUCAGGAAGAUUUUUCUGUGCGAGUUGUUGAGAAUGUGGGAAAAAUAGAGAUUGUCCUGAAGAAAAAAGAGAUUACUUCUUGGAAAUGCCUUGGUCAUCCCCUGGAGAAUCAUAAUUCACUUAUUCCAAAGAAAGAUACAGGUUUGUACUACAGAAAGUGCCAGUUAAUUUCCAAGGAAGAUGUGACUCAUGAUACGAAGCUUUUCUGCUUGAUGCUGCCGCCAAGCACACAUCUUCAGGUGCCAACUGGGCUACAUGUUUACUUCAAGCUAACUAUUACAGGUACUGAAAUUGUGAAGCCAUAUACACCCGUAUCUGAUUCCUUAUUCUCAGAGUUCAAGGAACCAGUUCUUCCCAACAAUAAAUACGUCUACUUUUUGAUCAAAAUCUACCCUGCUGGACUCUUCACACCAGAGCUUGAUCAUCUUCAGAUUGGAGAUUAUGUUUCUGUAAGCAAUCCCGAGGGCAAUUUUAAAAUAUCCCAGUUCCAAGACUUGGAAGAUCUCUUUUUAUUGGCAGCGGGAACAGGCUUCACACCAAUGGUUAAAAUACUGAGUUAUGCUUUGACUAAUAUACCCAGUCUCAGGAAAGUGAAGCUGAUGUUCUUCAAUAAAACAGAGGAUGACAUAAUUUGGAGAAGCCAUUUGGAGAAAUUAGCAUUUAAGGAUAAAAGAUUUGACCUUGAAUUUGUUCUCUCAGUACCUACUUCUGAAUGGAACGGCAAACGGGGAUACAUUUCACCAGCUCUGCUUUCUGAAUUUUUGAAAAGAAGUUUAGACACGUCCAAAGUCCUCAUCUGCAUUUGUGGACCAAUGCCAUUUACAGAACAAGGAAUGAAGUUGCUGCAUGAUUUGAACUUUUCCAAAGAUGAGAUCCAUAGUUUUACAGCAUAAUGAAGCGCCAUCGUUCAACUGUUUUAGCUAAAUUUGUGAUUACUUAGGGUUUUUUAAAAGAACAUUUUUGUAUAUAGGUUAACUAGAAUCCAGGUUUUAGUUUCUUAAAUUAAAUCAAAUGUUUCUUCACUA